AUGUUGAAGUCCACACAAGAUGAACAUGGCCAGCUCCUAGAACCGUUGCUUGAUUACGGGUGCUCGCCAUGGAGAAUGAGCAGCCAGCGCGCAGCAGACUUGUACGACUCAGGAGUCAAACUAUGGAGGAAAGAGGAUUUAGCAGACAUCGAACAACAACUUGCACAAUCGCGUAGUCUGGAGAGGUUCACCGUCCGCCGUAUUGACGGUAGUCUUGUGCACAUCAAGAAUCCGAUGUUUGGGGUGGAGAAGCCCCUCUGGACAUCAUAUGUGAAGUUUCAAGAGUUCUGGCGCCUGGUCAAAGCCACACCCGAGGGCCCACCAGAGAUAUACCACUGCACAUAUCUUGUAGACUGGGCCAACCAGGCAAGACGCAAUUACGAUGGGCCCGUUGAGAAUGCACGAUUACUGUUUGAAAUCAGUCAAAAACGAUGGAGCGAGAGUGAAACUUGCAAGGCCUUCACAGCACAGCUUUAUAAACUACUGGAAGGAGCUGGUAAUGCAAAGAGGGUGACCAAGGUCGUUUGUUUCGGGCUAGGCGACUUGAACGUUAAGCCGCCCGAUUGGUGGAGGCAAGAAAACAGCUCUCGGCCAGAAGGUGAACGGGAGCCAGAAACCAGUGUGAUAGAAGGGGCUUUGAUACAUCAUGCAAUUGCAUUGACACUGGCUGAUAUCACCCGUUCUUGUGCUAAUACCGGGGGCAUGAGCAUCAGGCUGCUUACUCAAGACCCAAAAUACUCGAGCGAGACGAAGGGUAUGUUACAGGAGAUUGGGUUUGAAGUCGUCGGAGCACAUGGGGCUGGAGGCUUUGCAGAGCUGGAUGAUAAAUCCAUAGUGUUUUCGCCGUUCCCUAGUGCGCCAGUCAGCCAGAUCAUCGCGGAUCUCGCUCGACCGGCCGUCAUUAUCUGUCCUCGAGUUGUUGAGAUCUUUGGUAGACCAGGGUAA